UCGUGGGUGGAAAAAAAGCCUCCAGCGUGGACCACCCCUGCGUGACGCGCAGAAGAGGCGGGCCCGCAGAGCGGAUGGGCACGCGAGGGCAGGCAGCGUCUCCCUUCAGUUGUUGCCCGAGGCGUCGAGCGAGGCUCCAAAGAUGCCCCGAGAUGCUUUCCCCGUAGAGGCUGCGGGGAAUGGGCGAGGGGCUGCUGGCGAAGGUUACAGUGCAAUGGAUGUGAGAGGAGAUUCCAUGAGGAUGACUGUGCACCUGCUUGCCAACACUGGACAUGCAAUACACUUGCAACAAGCUCUUGAUCAACUCCAAGAAUGGAUCUGCCUGGACAUUCGCCUCUUCCUUGUCUCAGAACGCCCUUCUCCAAUUAAGUAUUAUGAGACAUACCGCCAAAAAAGUUCCAGGUUUCCUAGUACUUCUGUGCUCCUUUUUUUGCAUGAGGACUUUGGAGAAGAACGGUUUUUCCAGGUCCAUGACUUCUUCCAACAUCCACCAUGGCAGCCUGUCCACAUUGAGUGUCCCAGUAGGAAGCUAUCCCUCCAUGCCCUUGAUCAUCAGGACUUCUAUGGACUGGAUGAGCAUAUGCCAGUAUGGGGCCUGAGACAAGUUCACUACGGCAUGGAAAUCCUGCGUGUCACUCUCUAUUGUAGCUUUGAUAAUUAUGAGGAUGCAGUAAGGCUUUACGAGACAAUCCUGCAGAAAGAAGCAUCUGUCCAAAAAAGCGGCUUCUGUGCUUUUCUACUAUACACAACACAGAGUCUUGUGGUUCAGUUCUGCUUGAAGCAGUUGCCUUUGGGGAUGAGUGUUGACCUGAAGGAAUCUUCAAUAUUACAGUUCAAAGUGUAUGAAAUUGGAGAACUGGUUCCACUUUUGCCCAAUCCCUGUGUCCCAAUAAGCAAUACUAGGUGGCAAACAGAAGACUAUGAAGGAAAUAAGAUCCUGCUGCAGGUUCAGAGCAGAGGCUCAAAGCACAAUGGAACUCAGUCUCUACCUCCUAAUUGGCACAACACCACUGAUGAGAAAGGGUCUCGUCAUUACUGCUGUGAUUUAUGCUCCAGUGUACCUUCAAUGGCUCCCAGAACUGCUGUUCAGCAGAAAAACCGGACACUUCGAGCCAUGAAAAAUAAAAACAAAUCCUCAAGGUGGAUGGGGCAAAAUCCUGCAAGCCUUUUCAGCCCUUCACAAAGCAAUUUUAAUUCUUCCUCCAGUUUGUAUAAUAUAGCACAUUCUUCUUUGCAAGAUCUAGGCCCUUCCCCAAUGAACCUGGGCACUAAAUUGAGACAUUCCAGCCAUGAGCUCUGGCUGUGCCAGAACAAAGGAGAGGAGGAGGAAGAGACUAAUGUUGACACAGGCAAGAGAGUAGCACCUUUUAAAUGUGCUAACUCUCCCCUAAACAGAUUUUCCAAGGACUUACAAAAAGAACUUCUUCAGUCCGAGGCACCAAGCAGUUCAUUUAUGGGAGCAGGUUUGGGUUCUGAGGACAGGAACUCUCUAUUGUCCUUGCAUGUUGCUGCAAUUAAUAAAAGAUCAGGAUUUAAUCAUUUUCAGCUGAGCACAUCAGGAGCAAGUGAUGGGAAUGAGAAAGAUGAGGAAGAGUUUUUUAUAUGAUUUGAAACUUCCGUGUAUCUUUCACUGCCGUAUUUUUGGAAUAUCAGAAAGUCCAAUUGAUCUGUGCUUCUAUAUAAAUAAUCUAGCAGUUUAUGCUAUGCUAUCUUUUUAUAUUAGCGCUACAAAGAAAGGUUUAUAAAAAAUACUUGGAGGAAACAAGAGAAAGAAGUUUGCAAUAUAAAUUUCAUGUCCUGGAGAACAUUGUGCAAUAGAUUGGAAGAAGCCAUUUUAAUGCACCAGAUGAUCUGAUAGAAAUUCACUAAAAAUCUAGGAGAAAACCCCAAACCUAGGAAAGCCUAAAAGAAAUUUGAAGGCAUCAAGUUGGGAUGAUAAGAAUAGUGCUUUAGUUAAUCUUGACACAUCUGAGAAGCUCAUCAGAAUCUGACCUCAUUAAUUCUUGGGUAGGAUCUCCAGGAAAUAUCCUAGAAGAAAACAAUGGGAAAAAUAUUGCCACCAAGAAAAUACUUGGACACAUAUUUUUUUUUUGUUUACAUUUAUACCCCGCCCUUCUCCGAAGACUCAGGGCGGCUUACAGUGUAUAAGGCAAUAGUCUCAUUCUAUUUGUAUAUUUUUACAAAGUCAACUUAUUGCCCCCCCAACAAUCUGGGUCCUCAUUUUACCUACCUUAUAAAGGAUGGAAGGCUGAGUCAACCUUGGGCCGGGCUCGAACCUGCAGUAAUUGCAGGCUUUGUGUUCUUAAUAACAGGCUGUUCUUAAUAACAGGCCUUACCAGCCUGCGCCAUUCACUGGCCCAUUCACAUUCAUGGAAUCAUGAAGGUUCAAGCUUAACUUUUCCCAUACCAUAGAAAUUAAUUUAAAGAUACAGAAAACGAAAUAGCCAUUUUCAUUUUGCCAUGGUUACUAUGCUAAGCCUGUCCUCAUUUUCCCCAUGCUUCCUGUACUACAUCUUGAUGUCAAAAGUACCCUGUUUCCCUGAAAAUAAGACCUCAGAUAAUAAGCCCAAAUGGGCUUUUGAGUACAUGCACUAAAAAUAAGACCGCCUCCAAAAAUAAGCCCGCCCUGAAAAUAUUUCAGAAGCCAGAUUGAUGUAUGCCCCUCUGCUUUAUAAGUUGCAUUUUCAACAAUGGAAAGACUUCAGUUCCAAAGACCCAAAGUUGCAUUUUCAUACCGUGUUUCCCCAAAAAUAAGACCCUGUCUAAUAUUUUCUGAACCCCAAAGUAAUUUCAAAUAGAAUUUCUUAUAAAGCAGAGGGGCAUACAUCAAUCUGGCUUCUGAAUGGCAACCCAAAAGCUACACUUUUUAGAAUGGACAAGAUUAGACAAUAUGUCUAAGGCCAGGAUAAAUGCUACAUUUCAUUAAGCAUAAUUUAAAUAUGUCAACUUCUUUAAGAUAAGCUGAUUAUUCUACUGUUCAUUUAUUUUCAUUACAUUCAUACUGAAACUGAGGAGCAAUUUUUCCAGAUUGCUAUGGAGAAUGAAUCAAAGCUUCUGGAGCUCAGUUUUUGCACCUUGAUGGAAAACUUAGUGCUACUGUUAUGACUACUGUAUUAAUAUUACUUAAACUAUGAGCUACUUCUGUCUAGCUGAUGAUACUUGAUGAUGAGUUCUAGAGAACAGGAAAUGAACACUGAGCUUGUUAAGUAACAUGCCAUAUCCAUUUCUCAACCUGUGUAUCAGAGAACUUAUAUAAUCAGAAGGCUGAGCUACAUUUGGAAUUAAAUGUAACUAUAAGAACAAUGGCAAAUAUAGGUGUGACUCUGUGCACUUGCUUUAACAGAUGAGUUAAGCUUGUCAAUAAAGAAGGAUUGGCUUGUGAACCCAUCUUUUAUUGCCGAGUGUCUCAAUGCAUUUCUGGCUCACCUGCGCUUCCCUGCCUCAUCUCAAAUAUUGCUACAAAUUUCCUUCCUAUUGCUUGUUGAUAUACUUCACACUACAAACUUUUGCAUGUCAAAGAACUGUAUUUGAUGUCAUAUCGGGAAUAAAACAAUCCCAAAUGGUUUGAGAUAUGAACUAAAAUGCAGCUGGGUUAUUGUGGCUUUGUUUUGUGGGGGGCAUGGAUCAUUUGAAACCAGCUACACUGGAAUCGGCAACACCAACCUACUCUGUGUGGUUGGAAGGAAUCCCAGGCAGCAUUCCAAAUAGGGAAUGUGAAGGGACAUUACUUGAAUUCUAAUAAUAAAGUAUUUAGCUUGGAAGCCUGAAGGAGAGCAUUAAAAUUAAAAUUUAUAUUUAUUUUCUGUAUCAUUCAUAUAGAAGAGCUGACCUAUUUGGAUUUAAACAUCCAAGGUUCAAAUUUCCACUUUACCAUAAAAUUCACUGGCUU